AUGGAAUACAAAACAUUACCUGUUCAUGACGUUGUAACCAGUCUUGGAGAAGAGAAGUCUUUCUCUCACGCGCAAUUUCAAGUCCACGUUCUGAAUCUUUUCCUUUCUUUUCUUUCUCAACUUUUUUCGCUCCCGCUUCUCUCCAUUUUCCACUUGCCUUUUCUUCUCUAUAUAAUAGUUUGUUCUUCUUAUCUCAAUUCACUUCCGCCAUUUUCUCCCCAAUCACCAAGCUUCUCGUUUGUUUCCCUUUUGUUUGUCUAUAUCUACCGUUUUUAUUGUUUUUUUUUAUUAAAACGUUUCUUCUCAUCUUUCUGUGGCAUUCUCUCUCUCUCUUUCUCUACUGUCGUUUUUUAUUAUUCUACUCGAUUCUUUUCCUUCUCUUCACUACCUCUCCCUUACCAUCUGACAUAUUGCCUUAAUACCUUGAGUAACAAAUCCCGAUCACAAUACUCGCAGAAGCCCGUUCGAUCACGUGAUCAGAUCACCGCUAUUAGUAAAAACGGAAGACUGUUUUGCUCGGAAACUCCGCAUUUCUUUUUUCCUGUCUUUUUUCAAACGUUCCUUCUAUUUUUUUUCCAAGUCCCCCUUCAACGGUGUUCAUAUCUAUCUAUCUAUCUAUCUAUCUAUCUAUCUAUCGAACUUGCUUUUUGUCUAAUAUAUUUACUAGAUCUAUCUAUCUAUCUAUCUAUCUAUCUAUCUAUCUAUCUAUCUAUCUAUCUAAUUUAUGUUUUUUGUUGUUUUUUUUUUGUAGAAAAACUGGUGGGGAUCUAUCUAUCUAUCUAUCUAUCUAUCUAUCUAUCUAUCUAUCUAUCUAUCUAUCAAAAAGGAGCGGCUAAUAUUACCAUUAUCUAUCUAUCUAUCUAUCUAUCUAUCUAUCAAAAUGUGACCACUGUCCACAUUAUCUAUCUAUCUAGUUUUCUUUAUAUCUAUCACAGUCUGUUUAUAAUAUUUGUCUAUCUAUAUAUCUAUCAAUGUCUGUUCACUCUAUCUAUCUAUCUAUCUAUCUAUCUAUCUAUCUAUCUAUCUAUCUAUCUAUCUAUCUAUCUAUCACAGUCUGUUCACAUUAUCUAUCUAUCUAUCUAUCUAUCUAUCUAUCUAUCUAUCACAGCCACUUGUUCUCAUUAUCUAUCUAUCUAUCUAUCUAUCUAUCUAUCUAUCUAUCACAUCUUGACAUUAUCAUCUAUCUUUGCCACACCCGUUGACAUUAAAUAUCACAUUGUUCUCAUUAUCAAUGUAUCAAUCUCUCUAUAUCUUUAUCUAUCUAUCUAUCUAUCAUCUCUAUCCGUAUCUAUCUACAGUUUGUUCAUAUUAUCUUUCAUCUAUCUAAUCAGUUCAUUAUCUAUCUAUCUAUCUAUCUAUCUAUCUAUCUAUCUAUUUUUCACCUUUUCAUAUGUAUCUAACAUAGUCAGAGUCUGUUCAUUAUCUAUCUAUCUAUCUAUCUAUCUAUCUAUCUAUCUGUCUAUCUAUCUAUUACUUUGUUCACAUUAUCUAUCUAUCUUAUUUAUCUCAUUUCAUAUUAUCUAUCUAUCUGUCACAGUCAGUUCACAUUAUCUUUCUAUCUAUCACAAUCAGUUCACAUUAUCUAUCUGUCACAAUCAGUUCACAUUGUCUAUCUAUCUAUCUAUCUAUCUAUCUAUCUAUCUCAGCCUAUUCAGAUUUAUCAAUAUUACUAAAGAUGCCGAGAGAGCUCCCAAUCACUAUACCUCUCUUUCCUCUUUAUAUCUCUCUAACAAUCACGUUUUGUGA